ACCGCUUAAUACGUAUCAAUAGUACAACAGCAGGCAAAUUUGUAUGAAAAUUACACCAUACCUAAGCAUUGCUCUAAAGAUUAAUAGUAAAAUCGUACAAAUUUGAUCGCUAAACGUAGAAACCACUGAAAAACCGAAAAACGAAAGGGACUCUGGCAGGGAGAAAAGUAGGGGAAAGGGCCAACCCCAAAACUUCCUGCAGACAGACAGAGUCACAGUUACAGUACGCAGCAGCACAGAGCUGCAGCAGCAAACCCCUCAGCCCCAGAAAGAGAGAGGAGAUUCCCAAAUUCGUCUUCACUUUCUUGCCUUCUUUCUCACCCUUCCCUCGAUUCUUCUUUAGCUGCCAACCAUGGAGACACCAAUUCCUACUCUGUAGACCCCCUAAAUUCUGGCCCUCUCAUCAUUUGUGACUUGUGAGUAAAUUCCUCGAUCGGUUCCUCCAAAUUGGAGCAGGGGGGGUUCUUUUGUUCUACUUCAUUUCCUAAACGAUGGCCGAUCAUGCCGACCCUUCGCCGCUCGUCCCUCCUACGCCGAUCACCGACGCCUCCGAGAUCGACCUCGAAGCAGGUCCUUGCGACCAAAUUCAGUGCCGAAUUUGCCUCGAAACUGACGGUAGGGAUUUUAUUGCGCCAUGCAAGUGCAAAGGAACAUCAAAGUAUGUACAUCGAGAAUGUUUGGAUCAUUGGCGAGCCAUAAGGGAAGGUUUUGCGUUUGCACAUUGCACAACUUGCAAGGCGGCGUACCAUCUGAGGGUUCAUGUUGCUGCAGAUAGGAAAUGGAGAACCAUGAAGUUUCGAUUCUUCGUGACAAGGGACAUCGCUUUUAUAUUUCUGACAGUUCAACUUGUAAUCUCGUCACUGGCUUAUUUGGUUUAUCUAAUUGAUAGGUCUCAGCAAUCAUGGCUACGUCGUACAUGGGGAUUUGAUAGCGAAAUUAGUUUCUACUACAUAUGCGGGGCACUGUUGUUCUUUGCCUUGCUGGGUCUAUCAGGGUGCUUUAUCACUUGCUAUGACCGGAGAGUGCGCAAUGACUUGACUCAACCAUGCCGAGAGGUGUGUCUUUGUUGUUGUCAACCGGGAAUCUGUGCGGACUGUCAUUUGCCCGGUACUCUUUGUAUGUGGACAGACUGUACCACAUGCUUUGAAAGCUGUGCCACUGCUGCUGGAGAAUGUGGUUGCUUAGGGGGUGCUGGCGAAGCAGGGCUACCUUUAUUGUUUAUAAUGGCUUUGAUUGUGCUCGGAUUGUUCACUGUCAUUGGAAUAUUCUACAGCGUCUUGGUGGCUACGAUGGUAGGGCAACGGAUUUGGCAGCGUCACUAUCAUAUACUUGCCAAACGGAUGCUGACAAAGGAGUACGUGGUCGAGGAUGUUGAUGGAGAGAUGACCAGUUCUGAUUGGACCCCUCCGCCCCUUCCACCGGAGCACGUUCAGCAACUGAAAAACCUCGGCCUCCUAUGACAACAUUAACAGACGACGGAAGGUAGAUAUUCGUGCGCCAUUGAUCGUGCUGUAUCAAAACAUCAUCAAUGUAGAGAGAGGGAAGGAUGAUGGAGUAAGUACAGGAUAGGUCGGCUACCUACUAUUACUGUAAGGCUUCUGGAGUAAGUACAGGAACUCUGGAUAAAUCCCAUGAAUAGAAGUUAACAAAAAAACCCCUCCUAUGCGCGUUUGUAACUCGUGAAAGUUGACGAAACGAGACAAGAAUAGAGACAUUACCAUUUGUACAACAUAAAGACUGUAUGGAUAUCAUUCUCUAUGAAAGGGGGGAAAUAGGUCAUGCCUUUGAGAUGUGGGGAGUCAGGCACAUUUCCUGCUUCUCAUGCAGCAACAUCUCAGAAUGUAUCUUGUUGUAACAGGGUUUCCCUGAAGCCUAUCUGGUGCACGAGAAGGUUCGAUUUGUUUCGAGAAGUUGGGUGCACAGAGAGAGAUGAAUUCCAUUUGGUAGACAAAAAAAAACAACAAAAUUGAAUUCUAAUUAGCAAAAGCAAUGUCUCAUUGAAUAAUAUGGAUUACAACCGCAACGUGCGUAAUCCUCGAGUGUUUAGUUGUCACUGUUGAGUUUGAAACCUUGUGCAGACUGGAGAAAGGUGAAGCUUGGCAGUCCACUCCUGGCCGACACAACCUGGCCGUUUGGUUUCUAUGCAAUAGGGACGUUCUUGUGAUUGCAGUUUGGGUAACAGCUCGUUUGUUGGUUACAUUUGGAUGGCUGCAGAGAACAAUGCAUGUGAACAUGUUCUUGUUUAGGCGAGAUGCUUAUCUGAUUGCCUCCUUUUAAUUAUUGUCUAAGAAGGAAAGAAAGG